GACAGUGAUGAAGAGGAGAAAGAUUUUGUAGAUGUUUUGCUAAGGCUUCAUAAGAAUGCAGCCCUUCAUGGAGGUUUUUUGAGCAGCAUAGACCAUGUCAAAGCCAUCUUGGUUGAAACAUUUUUAGGCGGAACGGAAACAUCGGCAGCUGCAAUAACAUGGACGAUGACAGAGCUGAUGAGAAAUCCAAGGGUGAUGAAAAAAUUGCAGGAAGAACUGAAGCAGAUCACUAAUGGAAACACACAUAGAUCACUUAUCCAAGAAAGCCAAAUACUCGAUAAGCUCGAAUACCUCAAACAGGUGAUAAAGGAAUCACUGCGGCUAAAACCUCCCGUCACACUCAUAGCACGAAGAACCAUCCAGCCCUGCGAAAUCCAAGGAUAUAUAAUCCCUGCAGAUACGCGGGUUAUUCUCAACGCAUAUGCUAUCUCCAUGGACCCAAAUGUUUGGGAGAGGCCGCAGGAGUUUUGGCCAGAGAGAUUUGAUGGAAGGAAAGUAGAUUUCAUAGGACGGUAUGUUGAUUUUUUGCCCUUUGGAUCGGGGAGGAGAAAGUGCCCCGGGAUUACCUUUGCUAUGGCAAUUAUUGAGCUCACGUUGGCUAAUCUCCUCCAUUGCUUUGAUUGGUCACUCCCGGGUGGAAUGAAGGUUGAAGAUAUCAGCAUGGAGGAGGCCACUGGAAUCACAGUGCAUAAAAAAGAGGCACUUUGUUUGGUUGCUAAACCAAAGUGGUGAG